AUGUCUUGCGUGCGCUUUUCGCAUGCGCUGCGUACUGGCCGGUGCACGUCGCGGUCGUCACGGCUUCUGUCACCACAGGCCAGAGGUUUUUGCCGGCCAGGCAGCAUCAUCUAUCGCGACUUGAAGCAGAAGGACAACAAAUACAACCCAUGCUUUGCGCACUUUGCGAUUUACACUGGUGAUGUGGGCCCAUACAAAGCUUGUGCUAUUGGUGCCAACCCUGGCGGCAUCCAGAUCGAGCGCGUGGACUUGCCGGGCUCCCACUGGACAGUGUUUCAGGAGAAGCGCACAUGGAAAGAAGGCACAGCAGUUGUACAAAAGGCGCUGGAGGCCUACAAGCGGCGCCAGUGGAAGUACGACGUGAUCUUCAACAACUGUGAGCACUUCGCCUGCACGAUGUUCAAGCUCCCAGCUAUGUCUGCGCAGGCAGCGAUGGGAAACACGGCCGUUCAUGCUUGCGGCGGUGCUCUUUGCAGCUAUGUAGUUGCCGGUCCUUAUAAAGCCCUCAACAUUUUCUCACAUUUACAGACCCCAAAUACGGGCCCUUAA